UUCAUUGAUUUUCACAUGGAAAUAACAACAGAUGUCUGUGUAAAAGACAGAAAUUAGGGGCUGUUGCCCUAUUCCCGUUGAAGGGUUUCUUUGUGGACUUAAUCUUAUGAUAUAAACAUGAUAAAUGGAUGUAUAUGGUUUUUUACACACAUAUGGGCUUACAAAUGAAGGGGUUUUUUUUUAAGAUGUACUAGUAUUGUGAAUGGAUAUCUUUUUCAGAAAUAUUAGUUGGUUGUAAUACUAGUACUUAGGUACGUUUACACAAGAGGAAAUUAUUUAGGGUAUGAAGCGAAAACAGGCAUUUAAGGAUCUAAAAAAAAUUUACAGAAAAAUUUUCCCUCAUUUCUGAUUCGCUUUAAUAUUGAUCUUUCUGUGUGCAUGACAAAUUAGACUUACAAAGAAUUACCGAGAAAAAAGCAGACACUCUGUUGAUGAGAUAUACAUGACAAAAUUCUAUUGCAAGAAGAAAUCAUGAAUUUUCAUGAAAAGGAAUAGAAUCGUGGGAGCGGCAUUUACACCAUAUCUUACAACAAGCACUUUGGGAAAAGUUACAUCAGACGUUCCUUGUUUUUUUGGUGGAAUAAUCAGAGGAGAGAUUAAAAUCACAGGAUGUACAUGAAGCGUGGCUUUUGUAUGUCUGAUUCAUAAAACAUAAUUGGCAACGAUCACGACAUUAAAUGUGUUUUUGACAUGAAAAUGGUAGAAGGUCGUAGGUAAAUUACAUGACAUGGCUAUGGGAGUUAUCUAGAGUAUUGUGAAAUUGCGAAUACAUGUACAUGCAUGUUAAAUGCAUUGAUAACAUGGUUUCACUUUGUGUUUUUUUGUUGCAUUAAUUUACGGUGAGUGUCUAUAAAGGACAAAAUGGAUGUUACUCAUAAUGGGAAAUGUUGUUGUAAAAAUCGUUUGAUAACACAAAAUUAAUUGAAAGAAAAGUAGACAGUUUGUCUCAAAGAGGCUGAAGAUUAUUCACCUGACUCGUUUUAUAACGAUCAAGGAAUUUUCGUAAUUUAUACAGUAUAAUAUCCGAGACAUGAAUAUUUUACAAUGCAUUUUCAUUCAUAAAGCAAAACAGCUGACUACAGUAUGUCUUGAAGUCAUCAGGAUAUUUUAUUUCACCAAGUACAUUUUACAUGCUUAAUGCCACAUGCAAACACAUGUGCUCACCUUUUUUCUUAGCACUCUCAUGAUAUAUAUGCUACAAGUAUAAGAGAAUGGGAUCUAAAUUCACAGGGAAUCUUAUUGUGUGUAAAAAUUCUUACUUUGUCUACAUUCAUAAUUUAUGUUGUAAUUGACCUGAAAGAUAGAUGCAGAGAAAAACCUGUUUAAAUGAACUUCUACUGGAUUAAUGAAGUUCCUUGAAACUAAUAAUUCAGAAGAAAUUACUUAAUCUUUAGACAAGGUACUUAAGAUGUUGAAAGUUGUGGUUAGUUUUGACAAAUUAUGCUAUCAAAAACAUAAAACAGUACUUCAGUAUACUAGUAAGUACAAAGGUCAGUUUUUUCCUUGGUAAAAAUUUUUUAAUUGACUCUUGACUUUGUCGGAUGUUUAAGAGUGGUGUAGGUUGUCAUAACGAGGAUAUAAUUGUUUCUAUAUUUAUUAUAAUAACGGUUAUUGCCAUCUAUAAUGUGAGCUUUUGUGUGGCUGUAUUGCAUACACAUGGGAAUUUUGAAGAAAUGGAAUUUAUUGGUGUUAUGAACUUAUGAAUAUUUUAGUAGAAAGAGGGCAUAGUAAUUUACUAAUAGGAUAAUGCACUAUAAGUAAGCUGUAUGAGUGGAAAAUAAAGUUCAUGUGAAAAUAUAUGUGGGAUGUACUGAUAAUAAAAUAGGUGUACACUGAGAAUAGUUUACAGUCUGAAGUUACAUAAUCGACGAUUUUACCAGAUUGUAUAAAAUUGUGAAAAUUUUGGAAAAAUUAGUGUGGUGAACCUGUUACAGUAUGGCGCAGGUGGAUAGAGAGCCCCCGGAUAAAAGCAAACCUGAGGAUCAUGAAAUGCAGCAGAAGAUAGAUUAUGAGAUUAAGAUGCGAGAAGGUACGGCACGAUUGUUGGCCGCGUCAAAACAUCCUGCACAACUGCUGGAGGCAGCAAAAAACCUGCUCACUUCAAACACGCGUAUUAUCGCUUACAUGGCAGAAUUACAGCGGAGGAAGACUGCCCAAGUGCUCGGACAAAAUAUUGACAAUGAGGGAAGCCAGGUACCAUGCAAAGCUAAGCUGAACAUGUCAGAUUUACGGAUACCCUUGAUGUGGAAGGACACAGACCAUUUCAAGAACAAGGGAGACCACCGGAGAUAUGCUGUGUUCUGUUUGGUGAAGAUAGGUACUGAGAUUUAUGACACGGCUCUGAUCACCUGUGUGGACAGAAAUAUGACAGAUCUUUCAUUUGAAGAUGUGAUAGCUUUUGAUAACAUUCCGCAUGACUUUGAGUGUGUUCUAGAGAUUUACUGCCACAAGUUACAUGAGGAUCUCACUAUGGCAAGCACACCAAAGAAACUGAAGAAGAAAGUAACUGAUUUAUCUGAGUCGGUGGGGAGAAGUGUUGGCAAGAGAUUGUCAGGAUUACAUGACUCUGAUAUAAUGGGGAAUAUGGUCUUAGGUCCAAAGUUUGAGUUGGUGGCUACAGGCACAUUAAAUCUACAGGAUGUAGAUGACGUGGUUAGAACUUUUGAUCUCAAAUUAGAAGAACAACCAGAUGGUUUGCAUUGUGAGUUGCCGUUGUUUGGCCAUUACUGCUGUCGUCUUGCCGCACUACCUCACUGUCUUGUACAGCCAGUUGUUACUGGCUACCUCAAUUUAUAUGAGGAUGAUGAUCUGUCAAAGUGGAAGAGGUAUUGGUGUGUCUUGAAGAAUCUACAGUUGUCGUGUUGGUCUGCCCCAGAUGAUGUAGAAGUUACAGCUCCCCUAGUCACUAUACAGGUCACAAAGAAUACUCAGAUCAGUGAAGCUGACCCGAGAUCUAUAGAGCGUGCUCACACAUUCCAAAUAAAGACAUUAAGUGAGAGGUACUUGUCUGAGACAACGUUAGCAGCCGAUAACAAGGAACAGAUGAACAUGUGGUGGGACGGUCUUCAACAGCAUUUACUAGAUCAAGCAUUUUGGAAACAUGCAUGUGAAUAUGUGAUGGAUGUACGACGAGCUCCUAGUAACAGAAAGUCUAUGAUCAUGGGACGUAAAACGUCAAUCUAUGAUGACACUCCACUUGCAGGACCCACACGUCUUUCAGAUGAAUUGAAAGUAGAAGAUGACAAAUUGAGUCAGAUGUUGCACACGCUAAUGGGCGAAGCCAAAGAGAUACGUAGCGGCAGCAUUAAAUCCACGUCCUCCUCAAGUUCUGGUAGUCUGAGAUCUACGUCUUCGAGUUGACGGUGAAUUCCCACUGAUGUUUUUACUCAGAUAUACCAUUGUCAGCCAAAUUGUGCUAAUGUUAAAUUUGUCAGGCAUUUAAAAUUGUCAGUCAUACUAAUAUGACAAAUCACAAUUGUCAAGAUUAAUUGUUGCCAGUUUAUUGUCAGCUGGUGAAAACAGAGUUAUUGUCAGGGUGAUGGAUUAUUGUCAGGCAUGAGAAGCUGAUUGUCAGGAAAGUCAACCUCUUCAGGGGAGUACUUGUCAGUCAGUUGUCAGCCACUAGAAAUUGAUGUUUUAUAGUCAGGCUGAUGAAUCUACACCAUGCUGGUGAAUUUGUUGUCAGCUUAUUUAACAAAUGAACAGCAGCUUCCUUGGAAUAUAUAAAAGUAACAUAUUCAGCUUGUUGCAGAGAUAGAGAUUUUCUCAGAAACUUUUCUGAAAGCUGGAUUCCCAUAUGUGGCUUUUCACCUUUCGUGUUCAGAGAGACAGCUCAGUGCAUUCAGGAGGAGUUUUGAGAAAUAUAACUUUAUAAUCAUGUCACACAAUAUAUGACUUGACAUUAGUCAGUACACACUGUCAUAAAAUGACAGCAAGUAAGAGACUUUUCAAAGGGCAUUUUUUUGACUGAAAAAUGUGUUUAACCUGUGCCAGUAAAAUAGAGAAAAAAAUACUUAUUAGUUUUCAAGGAACUGUUAUUUGAAAUGUGCAUUGUUUAAAAUAAUGUCGGCAAGAAAAAUGAUUUAGGUGACUAGAUUUACUGUCAAAUGACUAAUGAAUUCAGUGUUAUUUAGAUAUGCUUGUUCUGUAUUAGGAAGAAACUAACUGGACACAAAAAUGUGCUUUAGGUACUGGGAAAGUUGAAAACAAAUGUUUAAGGAAUACUUUUUGAACAUUAAAUUUAAGCCUAUUGAAAACCAUCUCAAAACAAAGGUAUGAAUGUUAAAAUAUUACCUGUAUUGAAAGUUGCAUAAACAGUAUUCAAAUAUAAAUUUAAAGGCCAAAGGUUUUUUCUUUCAUUUUUGAAGUAUAAAUUGUACAGAUUUUUUUUUAAACCAGACAUACCCAAGGUACAUUUAUUUGUCACCAUAUGAUUGUUGUAGUUGUGCGCGUAAGAUAUUUUAUCUAAAUGUUUUAUAAUAUACAGAACAUAUUACAAGGUUUUAAAUAUUUUAGACAGAUUUUUUUUUUAUUUAAGACAUCUAUGUGUGAAAAAAUUGAGUUGUGCAACUUGAGUACCUAAAAUGUUGACAUUAUAACGAGAAACUUUUUAGAUUAGGGAGAUAAGUGUGUUAGUUAUGGAUUACCAAUCCUGUGAGAGUAAUUCUCCAACAUUUUAACUCCUAUAUCAGUAAAUUUAAAGAAAUAUUUUAAUGGAAUUGGCAUUCUCCAGUAUUUCGCUUUUUCGAUUGGAGAAGGUGGAUUAAUUGUUUACAUUUCUGAUAAAGUGACACAACAUUUCUGUGUUGAAUUUUUUUUUUUAAACUGAAUAGUUAUUAAUGUUUAUUUUAUGUUAAAGAAAACCUUUUACAUAAGAAUAGUCAAAAUCGUGUUAGGAGAUGAUAUUGCUAAAAAAAAUAAGGUAUAAUUUGCGAUUAAUUCACGAUAUAUCAACUUGCACGCUUUUCUGCAGUGUAUUUUUACAGCAUGCAUUUUGUGCCAAAUACAGCUUAAAAAAGGUUCUGUGAAAUAACACACCAAAGAACUUUUUAUAUUGUGUAAAUAAUAAUGUCUGAUGCAUGUAGUGAUGAAUAGCUGAACAUGUAAGGGAUUUAUUAAAGUGUGUUGAUCACAGAAUAACACUUUUACAGAAAGUAUUUUUAUCAUCUUUACUGUUUCAAUUUUUACAGUAGGAAAAAAAAAGUUUUGUUGAUUGUUGUGAAACAUACUUGCCUAAAAAUGUUAAGUCAGUAGUGAUAGGCCUGGGGAUCAAGUUUCAUAUUCAGGACUAUUUUCUGUACCAGUUUAACUAUCAUAGUUGUAUUUUGAAGCCACUUCUGAAAAUAGCAUGAUACAUAUUUAAAGCAAAGUUUUACUGGCUUGAAACGCUGUAAAAUGGUUGAAUGAUAUACUGAAAAUGGUUUCAAACAUUACACAAGCUAAUGUAACAUUUUUUUUUUAUUCCCCACCCCCCCAAAAAUAAUGAAAAUUGGCUUGUUUCAUUAAAAAUGGCAUAUUUAUGCCCCCCUUUGAAAAAGGAGGGGUAUAUUGUUUUGCAGAUGUCGGUCGGUCUGUCGGUCGGUCGGUCGGAAUGUAGACCUAUCCGUUUCCGGAUGAUAACUCAAGAACGCUUGGGCCUAGGAUCAUGAAAGUUGAUAGGGAGGUUGGUCAUCACCAGUAGAUGACCCCUAUUGAUUUUGAGGUCUGUAUGUCAAAGGUCAAGGUCAAGGUGACCCUGAAUAGUAAAAUGGUUUCCGGAUGAUAACUCAAGAACACUUGGGCCUAGGAUCAUGAAAGUUGAUAGGGAGGUUGGUCAUGACCAGCAGAUGACCCCUAUUGAUUUUGAGGUCAGUAUGUUAAAGGUCAAGGUCACAGUGACCCUGAACAGUAAAACAGUUUCCGGAUGAUAACUCAAGAACGCUUAGGCCUAGGAUCACGAAAGUUGAUAGGGAGGUUGGUCAUGACCAGCAGGUGACCCCUAUUGAUUUUGAGGUCAGUAUGUCAAAGGUCAAGGUCACAGUGACCAGGAACAGUAAAAUGGUUUCCAGGCAAUAACUCAAGAACGCUUGGGACUAGUGUCAGGAAAAUUGAUAGUUAGGUUGGCCAUGACCAGCAGAUGACCCCUAUUGAUUUUGAGGUCAGUAUGUUAAAGGUCAAGGUCACAGUGACCCUGAACAGUAAAACAGUUUCCGGAUGAUAACUCAAGAAUGCUUAGGCCUAGGAUCACGAAAGUUGAUAGGGAGGUUGGUCAUGACCAGCAGGUGACCCCUAUUGAUUUUGAGGUCAUUAGGUCAAAGGUCAAGGUCACAUUGGCCAGGAACAGUUAAAUGGUUUCUGAUCUUCUUGUCCAAAACCAUAGGGCCUAGGGCUUUGAUAUUUGGUAUGUAGCAAAAUCUAGUGGUCCUCUACCAAGAUUGUUCAGAUUAUUUCCCUGGGGUCAAAUAUGGCCCCACCCCUAGGGUCACAUGGUUUAUAUAGCCUUAUAUAGGAAAAAGCUUUGAAAAACCUCUUGUCCAAAACCACAGGGCCUAGGGCUUUGAUAUUUUGUAUAUGACAUCAUCUAGUGAUCCUCUACUAAGAUCAUUCAAAUUAUUCCCCAAGGGUCAAAUAUGGCUCCGCCCUGUGGGUCACAUGGUUUACAUAUACUUAUUUACAGUGUGCAUAUAAUUUCUGUUCCUUGUGCAAUUACUAAAUGCAUCAAGGGGGGGCAUUUCGUGUUCGACGAGCUCUUGUUUCCAAAUUAGUUUGAAUAUUUCAGUUGUCAACACCCUAGAUAUUAAUUCGCGUGUAAAUAAUUUAUGCCCGACAGCUUACGUGUGUAUUUAUAGUAUGUGUGUAUAAAUCAUGCAUAUAAUUGUGCUCACAUUUCUAAAUGUAACAUAUUUGUUCUUGUUACUUGGGGAUCAAUAGCAGGUACUGACCCAACUUCUUAUAAAUUGAUAGGUUUUUUUUUUUGGUUUUAGAAAAAAAUAUGGAUACAAAUUUGGUUUAUUCAUUAUCUUGAUAUUGAAGUACUGUUAAAAAAAUGGUUGAUGAAAUUUUUGUCAUUGGAAUAUGUUAAGGCUGUACCUAUUUGGCUUCUUUCUGCUGCAUUGAAAUGAUGUAUUUACGAUUUAAGACUAAAUAUGAUCUGUAUAUUUUAGCAUAGUGCUGUGAUGUUUGUCUUAUGUGAAAUACUGUAAUACAACAGGCUUUUUAUGUGAUUUAAGGAGAAAAAAAGAGAUCACUUUAGAAAAUAAAUCAUACAUGUCAUUUUAAGAUAUAUCAUUAUUUUUUAACAUUUUUGGAGAAAAAAAGGAUGAAACAGUAAUUUUUUUAAAAGAGAAUUGUAGUAGAUAUUACAACAGGGUUGUAUUUCUAAAAUGCAGUUACAGUACAUGCCAAGUAAAGCCUCUUUCAAACCAUAUUCUGCACUAGUCACACUUGUAAAACAUGAUUAUAUUCAGUAAACUGGGCAGUUAUGGUGUCAGUGUUACUUUUCAGUUUUAUAGACAACAGUCAUAUUUGUGGUUGUUAAUAUUUCAUGUUUUAUAGUCUAUUAUUCUUUUGGAGAAAACACUGUUAAAUAGGCCUGAGUUUCUGUAAUUUGUGUGUCAUUUUGUUCCUUAAAGGCGUAAAAAUGAAACCAAGUCUACAGUUAUUGAAAAGGGGUCUCCCAAAGUCUGUGUGGUUAAGUUCACUGACUUCAAACCACUUGCCACUCACCUAUGUUGGUUCAAAAAAUCAGUUUGGAUGUAGAAUUCUUCACUUAAGGAAGAGAUCCAGCUGGCUUGCAGGAGGUCCCUGGUUCUACCUAGGUACCAGGCCUUGCCUGAAACAAUGGUUGGAGGUGCUCCUUGGGUCUUUCUCCACAGUCAAAAGCUAGAAAAGUCCCCAUAUGAUAUAAAUUUUGUCAGAUGUGACUCUAAACAUAACAAAAAUCAAAAAUAGUAAUUAAAUGCUUCCCUUUUAACAAUGAAUGUUUUGGAGAUUAUAAUUUAUCCUUAACCUUUAUCAUGUUGGACACAAUUGAUUCUGCCUUUGCAACCUGUGUAGAUCAUGAUCAGCCUGCACAUCCAUGCAGUCUGAUCAAGAUCUGCACUGUUCGCCAUUCAAACAGUAUCUUUUUGGCAAGCACCCCUUUUAAUACUUAAUGGUAAUGUCCAAAUUGAAAGAAGGACAAGUUCAUUAUAGAAAUUAAGCAUGGUGAGGGUUACUAUCUGCUAUAAAUUUGUUUCAUGUGGAUUAUUUGGCAUGUACUGUAACAAGAUAAGUAUGUAUGUGUACAUAUGUAAAUAGCUUUUAUCUACACAAAGAUUAUUUAUACUGUGUAGUUUUUACAUAACGUUUUUUCGUUAUGGUAGCCUAUGUAUCUAAAUGGCACCACUGUGUAUUUUACACUGGUCUUGUAGACUGCGUUAUAUAAUUUAUCCUAUUGUAAUGGUAACUCAUUCGACUAGGUCAAAUAAACUGUUGUCUUAAACAUUCAAUUUUAAUAAAUAUGUUGGAACAUGUGUGUAGUAAUAUACAUAAUUACGGUAUGUAACUUUUUUCAUAAUUUGUAUGAUAUGUCUAUCAUUUCAUUUGACUUAAAAAUUAAAUACCUUUUAAUAUCAAAUAUAAAUCCAUUCAAGAUAAUUAUUAUGAAUUGUAAAAUGUCCUAAUUAUUGCAGAAGAUGUAGAAAGGGUCAUUAUAUAAACCUUCUUUAAUACACCGCAAAUAUAUCAAGAUUCAUGUAAGAGUUUACUUAAGAUGUUUAAGUAAACAGUUAAAAAGUAAAGGUAAUUUUAUGUACCCUUUUUGGACCAUCUUUUUAAUGGUCUCUAGAUUCAGAAAGAUUGUAUAAUAUUAUAUUUAGGACAUGCACAUAAAUAUGUGUUUAGAAGCUCAGAAUUUUGAGGGGGAAAAAAAUCACUUUUUGUUAAAAGUUUAAGAGUACAGUUUUAUUUAUUUGAGGUAUUUUAAAUUCCUUUUUAGGGAUAUUCUCUGAAGCCACAAAACAUAAUAUGAGAAAAGUAGUCCAUUAGAACUAUCAUGGAUAAAGAAGUAACUGUAAGCAUUAAAAAUUUUAGAAAUUUUAAAAGGAAGUACAGUGAUAUUUUCCCCCUGAAAUAUUUUUUUUUUUUUUAAUUUUGCAGACAAAAUGAUUUUACUGAUUUUUUUCAAACAUAAUAUUUAUUUUAGAGGAUUUUGCCUUUUUGCGUUUUAUAUGAAAGGAAAUAAACAAUUAUGUUAUAUUUAAAAGAAAUAUUUGUAUUUUGAUACUUAAUUCUGUUGUAGCUAUCACUGGCAUGCCACAGAUAUUCAAAAAAUGCUGUAAAACUCAUUUUGUUACUUGUUUGUACCAUGUUACAUAUAGUCAUGUCAGUAGAAUGUUGGGAACCAACCGUAGCCAUGACAACAUGGUGAUGAAUAAAAAAUGUGCAAACUCA